UUCUUUCCUUCCUCGACACUCUCAGAUACCCCGCCAGUGAAUACCCCGACGGUGCAUGUCAUACUACUACCCCCAGGAUGAGCGACUCGGACGACCGCCGCCGCAACUAUACCAGAUCAGCGAGCCACAGGUGACUGAGCCCAGGCAGCACCGCGCCAACACCCCAGAGCGUAUCCGCGAGAGAAAGGCUCCAUGGGUCAAAGAGCCAUAUUCGCAUAAGCCUCGCGAUGAGGACUUCUACAUGCAGGAUCCGACCGACGGGCGUAUGAAGCCGAACCCAGAACUCCUCAAAGAUCACCUCUUCAAUGAAGGCCGCCUCACAGAAGAGCAGACAGUUUUCAUUUUAGAGGCUGUCACGGAACUCAUGAGCCGCGAGCCUAACAUGCUCAACCUAACCGGACCUGUCACUGUGUGUGGAGACAUCCACGGUCAGUUUUAUGAUCUCAUGAAGGCCUUUGAGAUUGGUGGCAAGUUUACGGAGACAAACUACCUUUUUCUCGGCGACUAUGUUGAUCGAGGAUCCUUUGGUAUUGAAUGCCUUCUCUACCUCUAUACCCUCAAACUCUGGUAUCCAAGCGCGCUCGCCCUCCUCCGGGGAAACCACGAAUGUAGACAUCUAACAGGAUUCUUUACCUUUCGUCGCGAAAGCUUGCACAAAUACUCGGAGCGGAUUUAUGAAGCAUGCGUGCGCUCUUUUGACGCGCUCCCGCUCGCAGCGCUCAUCGACGGCAAGUUCUUCGCCGUCCACGGCGGCAUCUCUCCACACCUCGACAAGAUCUCCGACCUUAAUCAA